AUGUCAAUCACCCCGACCGGCAGCACCAACCCAAUCGGAACCCUCUCCCUGCUCCCGCCCGAACUCCGAGACCAAAUCUACGACCACGUCCUCGACGCAAGCUACGUCGUCUUCUGGACCUCCCACCAGCACGACGGCCACGCCUCGCCCGACGGCGUCAACCCCACCGUAUCCGCCGACCUCGAGAUCCUCCGCGUCUCAAAGGCCCUCGGCGCCGAAGCCGGCGCCCGCCUCUUCUCCCACGCGACCGUUUUCGCCUACCUCAUCCGCUUCGACGGACACGAUCGCCUCUCGCGUCCGCCGCCGAAGGGAGCCACGGAGAAGAUGAUGAAUGUGGAGUUUGUGAUUGACACGGGGGCACCGCUUGAGGGGGAGUACGUCGGUAUGAUGGAGGAUGGCAUUGAGUUCUACGGAAGAAGCGCGUGGGGGGUUGAUAUGAGCCCGGUUAGCAUGGACGAUGGUAAGGUGAGGCGCCCUCCGACGGUCUAUCGUCCCGCAGCCAUGGAUCCGAGAUGCGAAGCCUCGGUCGACCACUUCACGGGAACGAAGAUUGAACGAAACAACCUCCUCGUCACCUUCAGAGACUUCGACGAGAACUUCCAUCUCUUCACGGCCACACGCUUCUUCCGGACCCUGAAGGAGUGCGUCGGAUUCCGGACCGUCACGGUGGGGUUGGAGUGGUGGCAACUCGACGGUUGGGUUGCAAACACGGCUGCGGUGGCCGAGAAGGUCGAAGGACUGCGCGUGGAGUUGGAGCAGUGCUGGGGGCCCUGUGUCGUCCGUGAUGUGUUCGAUCAGUACACGGAGACGACUGCGGGGCCGGAUAUGAAGUUGUGCUUUGCUUUUGAGCUGGCGUUUCAGCCGCGGAAAUACCGCGGGGAGAAUCUCAAGGUUGGAGCUGUUGGGGUAAUGAAGGGAGGAGAUCGAGCAGAGGAGAUUAGCUGA